AUGGCAGGCAUCGUCAUGUCUUUCACCCCUGCAGCGCAGAUUGGUGUCACUGAGGAUUAUCUUGGUCCGAAUCCAGAACAGACGUGGAACAUCAUGAUUAACAACCCUCCGCCAUUCCGAGUAUCAACCCAAUUCAAACUGACACCAACUCUUGAUCAAGCCCCGCCUCCCGAAAGAAGAUUUCUACGCAAAGCAGAAGUGGAUGAGGCAUGUCAAAACCAGGGCCUUGAUGGCACGGACAUUAACGAGCUUAGGCGUGCAUCUCGGAAAGGGCGUCAGGGCUUGGAUCGCGCCGACCGCCAGCCAGAGUUAGCUGCACUCGACGAGUGCGCUUCCGAUAAGGACCCUAAUCCGGAAUAUGAAAAUGACAGCGACGACAUAGAGGGCAGCAUGGACGAAGUUGAAGGCUUGACCUUGGAUGAGACAGUCGAAAUGCACCAUCUUAUCGAUGCGAUCGCUGGCGAAACAGAUGAAGAUAAAGACGCCUUGGGGGAGGUACCGGUUGAGCUGGCCAAAAAGCAGCCAAUUGACGCCGAGAUUCUUGUCGGCGACUCGACAGCGUUUGUCGACUUUCUCUCCACAGUCAACAUCUCUCUGAGGAAUUGUACCUCUUGCACUACUGUUGACGCCCUCUUGGCGCGGAUGCCAUCGGAUGGCAGCCGUGACACCACGGGUUUUCGAAUGUCCUUAUGGAUUCACUGCCUUGGCUGA